AUGACCCGAAACCACCAACGUGGACUAGUCGACCUUGAUCCCGAGAUCGAGAGAACUCUUUGUCAACGAAGGACAGAGCAACAAGUGCAGCCACACACAAUGGCGGAUGAACAUGCUGAAGUGAACAAUCGAACAAUGUCUGAUUAUGCCCGUCCUACCUUGGACGGAACUCACUCAAGCAUCCGAAGGCCCAAUAUCGAAGCCAACAACUUCGAAAUCAAAACUGGGAUGUUACAUAUGAUCCAAAAUCGGGUGCAAUUCAAUGGGAUGCCCGACGAAGAUCCCAACACUCAUAUCAAGAAGUUUUUGGAGCUCUGUGACACCAUCAAAAUCAAAGGUGCAUCCGUCAAUGCUAUUCGCCUUCGACUAUUCCCGUUCUCUCUCGACAACAGAGCACGGGAGUGGCUUGAUGGUCAACCACGGAAUUCCAUCACAACAUGGGACGGGUUGGCUGAAAAAUUCUUAGCCAAAUAUUUCCCACCAAGCAAGACGGCGAAGCUGAGGAACGACUGA